GCGGCCGGGGAGCUGGGAUGUGACAUCAGCCGGCGGCGCAGGCGGCUCCUCUGCCCGCGGAGCUCCUCGCCCGGAGGACGCGGCGGCGGGAUGUCGGCGAAGGAGCGGCCGAAGGGGAAGGUGGUGAAGGACAGCGUCACCCUGCUGCCCUGCUUCUACUUCGUGGAGCUGCCGAUCCUGGCCUCGUCGGUGGUCAGCCUGUACUUCCUGGAGCUCACGGACGUGUUCAAGCCGGUGCACUCGGGGUUCAGCUGCUAUGACCGCAGCCUCAGCAUGCCCUACAUCGAGCCCACCCAGGAGGCCAUCCCGCUCCUCAUGCUGCUGAGCCUGGCCUUCGCGGGGCCCGCCAUCACGAUCAUGGUGGGCGAGGGCAUCCUCUACUGUUGCCUGGCCAAGCGGAGGAGCGGCCUGGGCCUGGAGCCCAACAUCAACGCCGGCGGCUGCAACUUCAACUCCUUCCUCAGGAGAGCCGUCCGCUUCGUCGGUGUCCACGUGUUUGGCCUGUGCUCCACGGCCCUCAUCACGGACAUCAUCCAGCUGUCCACGGGCUACCAGGCGCCCUACUUCCUGACCGUGUGCAAGCCCAACUACACCUCCCUCAACGUGUCCUGCAAGGAGAACUCCUACAUCGUGGAGGACAUCUGCUCCGGCUCCGACCUCACCGUCAUCAACAGCGGCAGGAAGUCCUUCCCGUCCCAGCACGCCACCCUCGCCGCCUUUGCCGCCGUGUACGUGUCGAUGUACUUCAACUCCACGCUGACGGACUCCUCGAAGCUGCUGAAGCCGCUGCUGGUGUUCACGUUCGUCAUCUGCGGGGUCCUCUGCGGCCUGACGCGCAUCACGCAGUACAAGAACCACCCCGUGGACGUCUACUGCGGCUUCCUGCUGGGAGGGGGCAUCGCGCUGUACCUGGGCCUGUACGCGGUGGGGAACUUCCUGCCCAGCGAGGAGAGCCUGCAGCAGCGGGAGGCGCUGCGCGUGCGGGCGGACCUGCACCCGGACGCGGGCGGCGCGCUGGCGGCCAAGGCGGGGGCCUGCGACGGCGUGGCGCACACCGAGGGGCUCCUGGCGCGCGCGGCCCGCGACCCCGGCGCGCUGUCCGGCCUGCAGCGCGCGGGCGCCGCCGACGUGGAGAUCAUCACGCCGCGCAGCCCGCGGGGCAAGGAGGGCCUGGUGACCUUCAGCAACACGCUGCCCCGCGCCGCGCCCGCGGGGGCCGGGGCCGGGGCCGGCGCCGGGGAGGACGCGGCGCGCCGCCACGCCAGCGUCCACGCGUCCAUGGACUCGGCGCGCUCCAAGCAGCUGCUGAGCCAGUGGAAGAGCAAGAACGAGAGCCGCAAGCUGGCGCUGCAGGUGCUGGAGGCCGAGCCGGGCCAGUCGCCGCCGCGCGCCGUGGAGCUGCGCUCCGGCUCGGAGCCCGCGCGCGUGGGCGCCAACGGCGAGCACCCCGGCCCGGGCGCCCCGUCGUACCUCAAGGUGCAGCCGGGCGCCGGGCCGGCCGCCGGCAACAGCAGCGUGCCCGGGGGGCCCCGCGUGUCCCUGCAGCCGCGCCCCGGCUCCUCGCAGCUCGUGCACAUCCCCGAGGAGGCGCACGAGGCCGGGGCCGCCUCCCCGCGCGGCGGCUCCGCGCGCGCCAAGUGGCUGAAGGCGGCGGAGAAGAGCGUGGCGUGCGGCCGCGGCGGGCAGCCGCGCAUCAUGCAGGUCAUCGCCAUGUCCAAGCAGCAGGGCCUGCAGGCCGCGGGCGCCGAGCCCUGCGCCGGGGGCUCGCUGCGCUACAAGGCGCUGGCGGAGCUGGAGCCCGGCGGCGGCGGCGGCGGCAUCGUGCGCGUGGAGGCGCACCCCGAGAACAGCCGGCCCGUCAUCCAGAUCCCCGCGUCCACCGAGGGCGAGGGCAGCGGCUCCUGGAAGUGGAAGGCGCCCGACAAGGCCAGCCUCCUCCGCCAGACCUACGAGCUCAACGACCUGAACCGGGACUCGGAAAGCUGCGAGUCGCUGCGGGACGGGCUCUCCGCCGGCGCCGCGGACCGGCCGCGCGGCAACAUCGAGGGCGGCGGCGGCGGGGAGCACCUGCACCACCUCCACCACCACGGCGUGGCCACCAUCCGCGUCACCCCCGUGGAGGGCAGCGAGGGCGGCUCCGAGACGCUGUCCGUGUCCUCCUCGCGCGACUCCACGCUGCGCCGCAAGGGCAACAUCAUCCUGAUCCCCGAGCGCAGCGGCAGCCCCGAGCACACGCGGAACAUCUUCUACAAGGGCACGUCCCCCACGCGCGCCUACAAGGACUGAGGGGCGCCGGGCCGCCGGGCGGGGGACCCCGUGCGCCCCCAAGACCCACCC